AUGGAAAGGAGGGCUGUGAUAUAUUCCAUAUUAGAGGGUAUAAUAAAAAAUGGAAGAGUGAUCAGAUCCGCAUGCAGGAAAGGUAAGUACACCAGGCACAAACCUGGUAUGGUUAUAUUGCCGCUUGGCGCGGUGCAACAAAUAUACCUGAGAUGGUACCCACGAUUGUACACAUGUCGGGCUUUUUAAGGUACAGUAUGGUAGAAUCCAGCUAACUCGACCUCCCAAGGGAAGCAAAGAAUUAUUGAAAUUGGUGGGGGUUCAACUUAACGGAGUCGGUGUGGAUUUCGUUUAUUAAGUUAAUUAAUAAAGUAGGCCUAUAGUCGUUUUAUUAUUCAUCACAAUUGUGAGCCAUUACGCUGCACUGUAUAGUAGACUACUCUACUCUAUUAAAAAAUUGCAAAAUUUGCACUACUGUUGCCUACUACUAUCACAAUGUAUAACAGCACAGUACCUAUAGCAACAGUAGAUAGGUACUGUUGCCUGGGCCACCGAGAGAAUUUGCGGCGCCCAGUCCAAUCUUCUCUGGGGGCCCCAUGACAUCAUUAUUUCUAAGGCCCGGUUUAGGCGCCGUGCUUAUCAUGAGCCGAACUUAAUGUUAAUUAACUAAGUUCUUUGUUUAAGCUCAUUUGCAUUAAGUUCGGCUCAUAAAAAGCACGGCGUCUAAACCGGGCCUAAGCUAGAUAGACUGCAUGUGGAGCUACUGUAAGGGGCCUUCCAGCCUAGUCCCAGGCUCUCUCUCUAUUCGCUGCUUUGAUAUAUUUAAAUAAGUCUUAAAAGUUGUAUGCCUGGGUGUGCUGUGCGGAACGCUUCAGCGAGAGAGCCUAGCAGAUUUCGGUAAAAUGGUCCCUGAUUUGAAAAAAGUGGUCCCUGUCCUGGUUACCAAGCAUACCUCAUUUGUAAAUGGAAAAUGUUAUGGAAAUUUCCUUUGCAUUUAUAAUUAAGUCAUUAGUUUUGCUCCAAUGCUGUCGGAACAAUGAAGUAGGCUACGUUUCGCAGCCAUACGCGUACAUACAUAUUUUACUAAAAUAUAUAGCCAUAUUAAAUGCUAUCUAGAAGCUUGAAAAUUAUGCCGAGUCUCCGACUAAGAAUGUUUGACAACACCGUCAUGUCAGGCAAAUAUUUCCUAUCUCCUCAGCAAUUUGAACCUGUCAAGUAGAAAGCGUGGUUGUGUAUACCAGUAUGGUCUAGUGUUGAUCACAACUUGCGGGGACAUAAAUAACAUUAACAAUUGCUCAAAGUCGGUAUCGUAAAUUUGUAUAUAAAUUUUUUUAGUUGAGCACAUUUUUAAUACAGUUUGAUUUGGUUAUGUAGACAUCGAACAUGUACAUGAUGAACGAACAUUGUCGUAUUUAUAAUUAAAAGGUUACUUGUAUAUAUAAAUUUUCCGCCAUAUUAAAAAUACUGAAAUCUGCUAGGCGUUCUGAAGCACCUUGAGCGGUGACGUCACACCUAGGUCCCAGUCUCGUACUACAUCCACUAUUUUCUCGCGUUUGCUUCAGAACGACUGGGACUAGGCUGGGGGCCUUCAAUUUCAAAAAGACACUGACCAUUAAUUAAAGAACCUACUCAAGUUUAGCCUCUCACUCUCAAGUUGGGUCCUAUUAAAGUGGGGGCCCGGGGCAAUCCCCCCCCCACCCCCUCUCGGCGGUCCUGACUUUUGCUAAGUCCUCUGCUGUUGACUCGCACUGUGUGUGUUAGGGACUGUUUAAUUUAACUUGGGUAACAGUGUUACAUCAGUAAUGCAUCAGUAAUGCAUCGUCAUCGGAUCAAGUGCCCUGCACCUCUAAGAUCAUCGGUUUUCGCCGUGGAGUCAGUGCUCUACAAAAAGCCGUGUAGAGCACUGACUCCGCGUGUUGGGAUGAUUCCCAGACUUCCCUUCAUCGUAGCUCAUGUCCUGCGUGGUCAGAUAUUGAGGUGGAAUCAAAGGCCCCGUUAGUAUACUUCGUGUCGAUCAGGUUGAGAUGUAUCUCACGCAAUUCAGCCCGGCUUUGAACUAACUUGAAGUAAGGAUGACAAGUAUACUGUUCCUAUCUACACUACACUCUAAAUUUAAGGAUAUAGUGUUCGUGAAUUUCUCAAAGCGUACUAAUGUUUUAAUUUAAUUUCUUCAACUGCUAUAUCAUAACAUUUUGAUAGUUGAAGAAAAUCCUUUAGUACGCUUUGUGAAAUGCGCUAUGAUAUGUUUGCAAUUUCCACAGCCAUGACGCAAAGUACGAAAACAAAGAGGUUGCUUUUCUGCUAUUAAGAAAGAGAAGACAGCGACUAAUGUUCAGAAAAAGAUUCUGGGUGAGACAAAUCUAUGAUGAGCGAGAGAGUCCAAAGGUUGAAAUUAACGUUUUAGUGCUGGAAUCGAUGCUCGUAGACUACGAAUAUUUUUUGCCUUUUCAGGAUGUGGCCGAGUACUUUUGA